AUGCCUACAAAUCCAGAAUGGGUCAAGGCCCUCAAACCGUCUGGUCCUCAAGGUUCCGAGCUGCUCUCACAAGAGAGAGCCAAAUCCAGCCUCGAUAUCGAUCAGCUCGCCGAUUUCAUGUUUACGCGGGAGAACCUCGAGAGAAAUGAACGUAUUCUCAGGAUCCUUCAAGCCGAUCCUGUUUUCGACAAGUCACAAAACUACUUUCGAGGGAGAAUCAGCCGGAUUGAAGCGGCGUUGGCUAGAGGGAAGAGACUGCAUCAGUUGGAGGUCAAACACAAAUGGUCAAGAGAUGAAUACCAGACAGCCAAUGAUCUCAUCAGCGAGCCAACUCCUUAUGGCCUGCAUGCGAGCAUGUUCGUUGUCACUCUGCGCGAGCAAGGUACUCCCGAACAGCACAAGCUCUUCCUAGACAAGGCGGAGGCGUAUAAGAUUAUUGGCUGCUAUGCUCAGACUGAACUUGGUCACGGCUCGAAUGUCCGGGGAUUAGAGACCAUCGCUACCUGGAACUCCGACGACAAGACUUUCACAAUCAAUUCACCAUACCUCACUGCCUCAAAAUGGUGGAUUGGCUCGCUUGGAAAAGCUGCCAACUAUGCCAUAGUCAUGGCACAACUCUUCAUCGACGGCAAAUCAUACGGCCCUCAUCCUUUCGUGGUACAGGUCAGGGAUUUGGAAACUCAUCAACCGCUCCCCGGCGUCCACGUCGGUGAUAUUGGCCCAAAAUUUGGAUACAACACCAUGGAUAAUGGUUUCCUCUUGUUCAAGAACGUCAAAAUUCCACACGUCAAUAUGCUGGCUCGCUUCUCCAGUGUCGAUCCCAGCACCAACAAAUACGUGCGACCUUCAAAUCCUUCUCUCGUCUACGGUACCCUCACCUUCAUUCGAAGCACCAUCGUCCUGCAAGCGGGUUCUACCCUGGCCCGUGGCGUCACCAUUGCCACCCGUUACUGUGCCGUGCGACGACAAUUUCAAGAUCGAGAUAUCCACGAACCCGGCGAGAAUCAAGUCCUCAACUACACCAUGGUCCAGAUUCGACUGCUACCGUUGCUCGCAGCAACCUACGCCCUCCACUUCACAGGCAAGAGCAUGAUCCGAUUGUAUCAGGAAAACCAGAAACGCAUGAGCGCCGGUGAUGCUGGCAAGCUAUCCGACUCCACUCGGGGACCGGGACCAGAGGAGCUUAAUCCAGGCACCGAUCUUCUGGCCGACUUACAUUCCACAAGUUGUGCCUUGAAAGCCUACGGCUCCACCACCGCGGCGGAGGGCCUGGAAGUUUGUCGUCGCGCCUGCGGCGGUCAUGGGUACUCGUCCUUCGCUGGUAUCGGUGCAUGGUACGCGGACUAUCUUCCCACAGUGACUUGGGAGGGUGACAACUACAUGCUCACGCAGCAAGUGUCCCGAUACCUCUUGAAAUCUGCCCGGAGUGUCCUCGCUGGUAAGGCGGCAAAGAAUGACACCACACGGAUUCUGACUGAUUUCAUCCGCCGUCGCGACAUUGGCUGUGCAUUCGAUGUGAUUGGCAACGACGAAGACCUGGUCGCAGCAUUCGCAUGGCGUGUUUCCUUCUUGAGUUUUGAAGCUCUCCGUCACCGCGAUGAGGACAAGCAAUCCUGGAACUCUUUGCUUGUCGACUUCUGGCGUUUGUCGACAGCACAUGCCCAGUAUAUGAUCGUCAAGAACUUCCAUGACGCGUUGCAGGAUCAGGCUACCAAGAAACAAUUGGACGAAUACACGGUGACGUUGUUGCACAAGUUGUUCCGCCUGUAUGCUCUGCAUACACUCGAACGCGAAGCAUCAGAAUUCUACUCCUCCGCCGCCGUGACGGUUCGCCAAAUUACCCUGGCACGCACAAAGACGGUGAUGAAACUGCUCGAGGAGAUCCGCCCACAUGCUGUUCGAUUGGUUGAUGCGUGGAAGUUCUCCGACUGGCAACUCGAUUCAUCCCUCGGAAGAUACGAUGGCAAAGUGUACGAGGACAUGUUCCACCGGGCGAGUGAGUUGAAUCCGCUGAACAACGUGGUGUUUGAUCCGUACCCAGAUUCCAAGACGUUGUUCAGAAAGGACGAGAGACAGGAUUUGAGGAGCAAGCUAUGA